AUGGCGACAGGAUGGAGUGGGAAAUGCAGCACGCUAACUUUAUUACUCAUGUUUUGGAUUAGAUUCUGUGCUAGCCGAGCGCAGUCCUCGGGCAGCGAUAGCCGGAUCCUCGGCAUGCGGCUGGAGAGGAGCGACAAGCCCGCCUCGACCUCCGACGACGGUAUCAUCCAGGUGACCGAGGAGAGCGACAUCCAGCUCCGCUUCUACGGACUCCACAUCAGCAUCGACGCCUGGGAGCGGAUCAGGUUCGUGGAGCAGAGCGAGGAGUCCAACAGCACUUGUGCUGACUUCACCAAAGACAUCUCCAUCAGGACUAACAUGAGCGUCCACAGCCGAGGCUCCUCCGGAGUCAUGGGGCUCAGAAUCAAAGCGCUUCGGAAGAGCGAGUCGCGGCGGGAUUACGCGCUCUGCGUCAGGCACAGCUCCGACGGGACGUGGCUCCUCCUCGGAGAAAACGACGGGAAGCUGCGUGUGCUGGAGGAGAAAAAGUCCAUUCUUCCCAUCUGGCUCCAGGUGAUCAUAAUAACCUGCCUUCUAGCUCUCUCAGGGAUGUUCAGCGGAUUGAAUCUGGGUCUCAUGGCGUUGGAUCCCAUGGAGCUGCGGAUCGUCCAGCGCUCCGGUACAGAGAAAGAAAAGAAGUACGCGAGUCAAAUCGAACCGAUCCGGCGGAAAGGAAACUACUUAUUGUGCUCGCUUCUCUUGGGGAACGUGUUGGUGAACACUACGCUGACGAUCCUCCUCGACGGUCUCAUCGGCUCCGGGUUGGCCGCAGUCGUCGCGUCUACUAUCGGCAUCGUGAUCUUCGGCGAGAUCGUCCCUCAGGCGCUCUGUUCCCGCCACGGUUUGGCGGUUGGCGCGAACACCAUUCUCCUCACGAAGUUCUUCAUGCUUCUGACUUUCCCGCUUUCUUUCCCCAUCAGCAAACUGCUGGACUGCGUUCUGGGUCAGGAGAUCGGUACCGUGUACAACCGAGAGAAGCUGGUGGAGAUGCUGAACGUGACCGCGCCGUAUAACGACCUGGUGAAGGAGGAGAUGAACAUGAUCCAAGGCGCGCUGGAGCUGAGGAGCAAGACGGUGGAGGACAUCAUGACUCCGCUGGAAGACUGCUUCAUGAUCCGCAGCGACGCGGUGCUGGACUUUAACACCAUGUCUGAGAUCAUAGAGAGCGGGUACACACGGAUCCCCGUCUACGAGGGCGAGCAGAGCAACAUCGUGGAUAUCCUCCUCGUCCAAGACCUCGCCUUCGUGGACCCGGAUGAUUGCACGACACUGAAGACCAUCACCAGGUUCUACAAACAUCCGGUGCACUUCGUGUUUCACGACAUCAAGCUGGACUCCAUGCUGGAGGAGUUCAAGAAAGGUAAGUCACACCUGGCGAUCGUGCAGAAGGUGAACAGCGAUGGGGAGGGAGACCCGUUCUAUGAGGUGCUGGGAUUGGUCACGCUGGAGGACGUGUUCGAGGAGAUCAUUAAAUCAGAGAUCCUGGACGAGUCUGACCUCUACACUGAUAACCGCAGCAGGAAGAAAGUGGCACCCAAUAAGAACAAGCGAGACUUCUCUGCCUUCAAACAUGAGAGCGAGUGUAAAGUGUCUCCUCAGCUGUUGCUGGCCGCUCACCGCUUCCUCUCGUCAGAGGUGAAUGUGUUCAGUCCAUCUCAGAUCUCUGAGAAAGUGCUUCUGCGUAUUCUUAAACACCCUGACGUGAUCCAGGAGAUCAAAUUCAGCGAGAACGACAAGAAAUCAGCGCAUCACUUCCUGUACCUGCGCGGUAAAGCCGUGGACUACUUCAUCCUCAUCCUGCAGGGCCGUGUGGAGGUGGAGGCUGGGAGCGACAACAUGAAGUUUGAGACGGGGCCCUUCUCUUUCUAUGGAGCCAUGGCCCUCAGCGGUCCGACACCAGAGUUGCGCUCUUCUCUCAUCGCUGGACUGAACCGCUCGGUCAGCUACAGCGAUCACCCGGAGCCUCAGUCCAUCAGCAGCACACAGACACAGUACACACCAGACUUCAACGUCCGAGCUCUGGCCGACCUGCAGUUCGUGAAGAUCUCACGCUCUCAGUAUCAGCUCGCUCUCAUGGCGUCUCUGCUGGACAGUUCCUCACAGUCUCUGGACGCUGGACACAGCCAUCUGGACAUCAGCACAGCAUCCGCUCUGCCUCCGUCUUCAGGAAACAGGGACGAGAUGACCUCGAUCCUCAACGCACAGAACAGCCAAACACAGCACACAUAGAGACGUGUCAUCUGACACACAUCCCACAAUCCUGCUGCACUUUCCCAGAACUUCUUAUCCGAGCCCUGUUAGUGCCAGCAGUAUAGUGUGUAUGUGUGUGUGUGUGUGUGUGUGUGUGUGUGUGUGACACAGUACAAGAUGCCAAAGCUCUGGACUGAGACAGGCCCCUGUUUCAGACACACUGUGCCUGGAUGGGUUUUAAAGACUCCAAUAGAGACGUUUCUACAGAUCUGAAGAUGAUCAUUCUGUCACUUUUAUAUUGAGGCUGAUCACUGAUCAGAAUGUCAAGAUGACUUUUUAUCUUAUGUUAGUCUGUAUUAAUACAUCAUUGUACCAAAGUGUGUGUGUGUGUGUGUCAGAUUUGGUCGUUGCAGCUCAAGCUGUAUCUCAGGGAGACCGAGAGCCACUGAUCUUCACACACUAAUAACCGUGUGUUCAGUGAGUUCAAGCAUGCUGCUAUCAGAUGCACAUAGCAUCCGCUUGUUGUUAUUCUGUCAGAUAAUUCUGUGUCCUCUUGAAAUGAAUGCAUUGCUUUUUUAACUCCAAAGAGAAGAAGUGUGUGUUGUUGUAGUGCAGCUGUGAACAGAGUCACGUUCCCGCACAGA